GCUGGCAAACGACUCGAGCGCUGCUGGGGGUGGCCCUGAGAGGCCACCACAGCGAGGGGAGCAAGCGCAACAACAGGAACAGCCAAAUAACAAUCAGGAAGCUGCAGGUGUUGCUGGUGGUGGCGGCACUAGAGCCAACAAUCAGAAUGGUUCCGGACCAGAAGCUGUGGUCUGUGGUCCUCAGGAGUGGAAUAACAGCCCCGGCGCAAACAACAGCAAUAACACCAACGGAAAUAGCAACAACAAUCCUCAGAACCAGAACGCAAACGUGAACAACAAUGAGGAGUGUGACCGGUUUAGUUUCGAAGAUUCGGACCGCUUUGAGGAGGACUCCUUGUGUAGUUGGAGCUCUGAGCCAGAGAGUGUUUGUAACAACUGGCGAGGAUGGAAGAAACCAGCCGGAACGUUAAACACUUUUGGUGCCAACGGGAAUCGAAAAGCUUCCGAUGGUGAAGUAACAACACUUACAGAGCUAGCGGCUCGCUGUGUCGCUUCGUACAUACCCUUCGAGCUAGUGGAGCAUGUAUAUCCGCCUGUUCCGGAGCAGCUGCAGCUGCGGAUUGCUUUCUGGAGCUUUCCGGACAACGAGGAAGAUAUACGGUUGUACUCUUGCCUGGCGAACAGUUCGGCCGAUGAAUUUCAUCGCGGAGAGCAACUGUUCAAGAAUCGUGCCGUCAAGGAUCCGCUUCAGAUCGGAUUCCACCUGUCGGCUACAGUGGUAGUGACGCAGCCAAGAAACCAAUUCAAUGUAGCCGUAACAUUCGACAGGCGAAGGAUUUCGUCGUGCAGUUGCACUUGCGUACCAGCGGCAUACUGGUGCUCGCACGUUGUUGCUGUGUGUCUCCACAGAAUCCAUUGCCCAACAAAGGUUAGCUUACGUGCGCCUGUAUCGGAAUCACUAUCUAGAUUACAGCGAGAUCAACUGCAAAAAUUUGCUCAGUAUCUUAUAAGCGAGCUUUCGCAGCAAAUUCUACCAAUCGCUCAACGCUUGCUUGAUGAGCUGCUUAGUUCACAACCGACUACCAUCAACACCGUGUGUGGAGCCCCAGAUCCUACAGCCGGUGCUUCCGUGAACGAUCAAACCAACUGGUAUCUAGAUGACAAGACAUUACACGACAACAUCAAAAAGAUAUUAAUCAAGUUCUGUUUGCCCACACCAAUGGUAUUCAGUGAUGUAAAUUAUUUAACUAACUCUGCACCCCCGGCCGCUGCUGAAUGGAGUUCGUUGUUACGCCCACUGCGAGGAAGAGAACCAGAGGGUAUGUGGAACCUGUUGUCUAUAGUGCGUGAAAUGUACCGGCGUUGCGAUAGAAAUGCUGUGCGAUUGCUAGAAGUUAUAACGGAAGAAGUGAUGGCUUGCGAUCAAAUUCUAGUUUGGUGGUUCAACAUCAAACUUGCUCUGCUGGUUGGAUCAAAUGGUCAUGGCGGGGGUAAACAUAGUAAUACCCAUUCCAAUUCCAAUGCCACUCAACAUGCGUGUGCUUCACUAUGUGAUGAGAUCGUGGUUCUAUGGAGGUUGGCAUCACUGAAUCCAGGAUUGGCACCCGAUGAGCGAGAUAUGCUUCAUGCCCAGUUUACAUCAUGGCAUUUAAAAAUAUUAGACAGAGUUGCAAAAAAUAUGGUUGCAUCCUCAUCGCACAGUAGCAAACAGCAACAGAACUUGAGAAACGAUGCUGAACUAUUCGCAGGUUUCAAGCCAGCAAUCGAGGCGUGCUAUUUGGACUGGGAGGAUUAUCCAAUCGAGGGCAUUACGCACACACAGGAUACAAACCCAAUGUAUCAUUGUCCCUUUACAUGUUUCAAACAAAACAGUGAAUCGAAAGCCGAAUCCUGUCCAGGUUUGGUGAAUUCGAGCCAAGCAAUACUGCAGAAUAAUGUAAAGCAGUUCCAGCAGAUGCCACACCAUCAUCAUCAUCAUCAUUUUAGCCAUCAUCACCAUAGUGGUCAUGGCCAAGGUGCACAUCAUGGUGGUACAGGCGUCACUUCAACUUCAUCCAGUUCAGGUGUCGGUGGUGGAGGAGUAUCAAUAGGAAGUGGGGCACAAGUAGGUGGCAGUUCAAGUGGCAAUGGUAUGUCCGUCAUACCCAGUGGUAACAACAGUUCUGCUGGUGGGGUUAAGUCCCACCAUAGGCGUGAUUAUCGUCACCGUGAUCGCUGUUACGGAUCAAGUAACAGCAGUAGUGACAGUGUUCCUGAUCGUUUCAAGGAGGCAACUACUGGAAGCUCCCUAAAAAUGGAACAUCAUUUGUCGGCAGUAGUGACGGCUACCACAAAUAGCAAUAAUACCGGAGGUGGAAACAGAUCCAGUGUUAGUAGUGAAGGAUUCUGUGAGAACGACGACGAUGUUAAUGUAGUUGAUGAUUUGCCAGCAGUUGCUGCAACAGUGGAGGUAAACAAGAAGGACGAAAGCAUCAGCGACUCAUCGAAUAGUUCUUCGUCUAGUAUGGAUGAUAGUGCCGCGAAAUCACAAAAUGAGCCAUCAGACAGUAGCGAUGCGAAUAGCAUUCUGAACGACAUGAAUAACUACGAAAUUUCAGGCAAUAUAAAGUUGUUUGAAAUAUACAAUCAAGACCUGCUGCCAGGAACUUCUAGUUCAACAUGUACGUCAUCUCCUUCCACAGCAACAACAGCAACCAAAAUUGUUACGACCGAAUUGAACCGGGCAAGUCCUGUGAGGCAACCGUACGAUAACUCUAGUAAACAAUAUUCAGCCGUAAAAGACGCUUCGCCUGAAUCAGAACGAAACCAACGAAGACUAUCGAAAGACGAAAGCCUGUCCAGUUCUGAUAGCGCCCAAAAUAUAGACGAAUAUAACAUGUACUACUACGACUCGAAACAAGCACAAGCUCAGCAACAGCAGGAACAACAACAGCGACAACGUCAACCGCAGGAAGCGAAACAGCAACAACCUCCGCAGCAAGUUUUUUCCAAUCUAAAGCCUACAGAGGACGCGUGGGACAUUUUGUUUGCUCGUGCUGAAGGUCUUCACGCGCAUGGACAUGGAAGGGAAGCUUGCAUCUUGGGUGUACGCUUGGCAGAAGAGAUGCUAGCAAAUCCUCCUAAUUUGAUGAUCGAGCUACCCCCACCGCCAAAGAAGAAAGGCAAAAAACAUAACAUCAACCCAAUUUCUCAUCAGCUAAGCGUGCUUGCGUCAGCAACGUUGGCUAAGUGUGCAUUUCUAUGUACAGUGUUGGCGGAAAAUUCCGAGCACUAUCACUUAGCCUUUCGAGUGUGUCUGUAUGGACUGGAAAUGUCACGACCACCAGCGAGCACUAAGCCUUUGGAGGUAAAACUAGCCAAUCAGGAAUCGGAUCUAUUGGCACUUCUGAAGCGUAUUCCGUUGGGCCACGCAGAGUUGAAAAUUAUUCGAGACAGAGCUGAAGCUCUUCGAGAUGGAACGUUGAAGUCACGAGGCGAAGCAUUGCUGCCUAUUAUGUUGGCAAGUUUUAUAUUUGAUGCUCUGGUAAUGCCCAGCAUCGUUGGAAAGGAAAACCGAAUGAAAGUGAUGAGUCAAUCGUUCCGACUUCCAACAGAUGAAAAUCUUGGCUUCGAAGCAGCUGUAGCUGCUCUUGGUCUAAAAGCUAAUGUUUCCGAAGCUGAACAUCCGUUACUAUGCGAAGGAACACGCCGUCAGAGGGGAGAUCUGGCACUUACUUUGCUGUCAUACUACAAAGAUGAUCCACGAAAAAUAUGUCGCGUGAUGGAAAAACUGCUGGAUCGUGAAAUACAUUCACUGAUCAAAACUCCACUUUUACCAUCUUAUUAUUCCAACAAUCCACCAACCCGUAGUCAAACUUCCCAACUGCGACUGGAGGAGUAUGAAUCGAGCAGCCAACAACAGCAGUUGUACAGUGGAGAGCUCCAGCAGCAGCCACAUCACCCUGGAUUACCUCAACAGCAAAAUGACUUCAUGGUAAACAGCCGUCCCCAAAGCAGCACUAGUGCUGAAAUGGAAAUGGGAAUUAGUGCACUUAGUUUGAGUCAAGCGCAACCUAUGCCAGCUGGACCGGCUGCACCAGGACCUUCUGGAAACGCCCAAUCAAUUUUGCCCGGUAGUGGACCACCUACUAAUCCUGUCACUGGACCCGUAUCGACAACGACUACCCGCUCUAAGGAUUCGCGAUACAAAGGUAAACGAGCUUAUCCAUCGAUUCCCAAUCAACCAUCGGAAGCGAGUGCGCACUUUAUGUUUGAGUUAGCCAAAAACGUUCUCACCAAGGCUGGCGGAACUUCGUCGACUUCUCUGUUUACACAAGCGUCCACCAGCCAGAACCACCAAGGUCCUCAUCGAGGUUUGCAUAUGUGCGCUUUCCAGCUCGGGCUAUAUGCUCUUGGCCUACAUAACUGUGUCAGUCCAAACUGGCUAUCGAGAACAUACUCGUCACACGUGUCCUGGAUUAUCGGUCAAGCGAUGGAUAUCGGAGCGCCGGCAAUAUCUUUUCUAAUAGACACGUGGGAAGGACAUUUGACACCUCCAGAAGCAGCAGGAAUGGCCGAUCGCGCCUCUUCUCGUGGAUGGGAUAGUAACAUGGUUAAUCCAGCAGCUGAGCUGGCUCUAUCUGUAUUACCUCACGCAGCUGCACUCAAUCCCAACGAAAUCCAACGUGCCAUUCUACAAUGCAAGGAACAAAGCGAUAGAAUGCUAGAACGAGCCUGCUUAACAGUUGAAAAUGCUGCAAAGGGGGGAGGUGUCUAUCCUGAAGUACUUUUCCAAGUGGCUCGCUACUGGUAUGAGCUGUACUUGCGUAAUACACCCGGGGGCGAAAUGGAACUAAAUGAGCAGCAUGAAUAUUUCAGUGUGAAUCUCAUGUCGCUAAUGGAUUCCAGUGAAAUGCAACAAGCUCAACCUCCGCCACCGGCGAAUCCAUCGGUUGUGGUAAGCGCGACACCACCUCAACCAUAUCAACAAACUGUUACAACUCUUGCUCCUAUCGGGCUGGCCCCAUAUGGACCAUACAGUUUUCCCUGUCAAGGAAUCUACCAUCAGAAUAUACCUUACCAUGCCAAUCAGAUGCAGAUGUAUAUUUCCACUCCCCCACAAUUCCAGUAUCCACCACCACCGCCACACAAUAAUCCACCUCAGCAACAGCCAGGUGGAUAUCAGCCUCCUUUAAGUGGAGGCUAUCAACCAAUGCAACCGCAUCCGCCGGUUGUACCAACACAAGGUUAUAGUCCUCAGCAGUAUCCAGGUCAGGUGCCGGUACAAGUUCCACCUCCACCACCAACUCAACAGCAACAGUUACAACAGAACAUGCAGUACUACGGUGGUCCUCAAGGAGUCCCCAUGCAGCAACAGCAGCCUCCACCACAACCGCAACAACCUCCUCCACAUCCGCGACCUCAGCCUGGUCACGGUGGCUAUCCGCCGUAUGCUGCUAUUCCGCCCGCUACUCCUCCCGUUCGCCCUCCACGACAUCCUCAUCAGUUUACACCUACUCAGUUACGCUAUUUGUUAGCGGCCUACAACGCCGGUAUGUUAGCACUGGAAACCCUAGCGCGUCGGGUGCACGACGAUCGACCACAGGCUAAGUAUGCCCGUAAUCCACCAUACGGCGAGGACGUCAAAUGGUUACUACGCAUUUCCAAGCGUCUCGGUACACAAUACCUACAUCAGUUUUGCGUAUGUGCUGUUAACUCGAUCGUUUCGCCAUUCGUACUCCAUGAGGUGGCCAUCGAGUCGGCGCAUUAUUUGUCUCGAAACAAUCCCGGCUUGGUUAUGCAGCAUCUGCGCACGCCACUUGCACCACUUAUGCAAAAGUGCCAGCAAAUGUACAUACAGUGCAUUCAUCAAAAACUGUAUCAUCUGACGGUUGCCGAUUACGAAGAAUUCACCAGUACUAUUCUGUCAGCACGGAAUGCUUUCCAAAUCACCCCAGAGGGAACCGCGCAGUUUAAGGAUUGGUUACAGUCGAUCAAACGGUCGAAAUCAUGCAAAAAAGAACUAUGGACUCAAAUCAACGCGGCCCUUAAUUCCAAAUGACAAAGACUAGAUUCGAUCGGUUCCGAACUGAACAACAUUUCUUCGGCUACCGGCCACAUUUCUCAUUCAUCUAUGGCAACUACAUCUACAGCGCCUGUAGCGACGAGCUCGACAACAUCACCCAUUCUAACAUCAUCGGGGACUGCAUCGUCGUCUGGAGUGACGUCUAGACAGCAAACAACCACCGGUGCAGCUAUGGUUACCAUAACCAACCGAACAGCUCCGGAUGAUGGGACAACAAAUAAACUUUCUGCAUUAGCUUCUUCAGCAUCCGCUUCGUCAACCUCGACUACCGCCGUUGCUGCCUUGCCACCGUCAGCUUCGGCGGCAAUUUCGGUUGCUGCAGUAGCUGCGGCCACAGGUACCCUAGCCAGUAUGAAACAUUUAGGUCACAACACGGCAGGUAAUCACAGAAGUAUCAACAACAGCAAUCUUGCGUCCCAACAGCAUCAGCAAAUACAACAGCAGCAAUUUCAUCAUCAGCCACCACCACUAUCUCGAACUUUAGUUCAAGCUACUCCUCAGCAACAGCAAUCAAGCAUUUUAUCAUCUCAUCCGGCCCCCGGUGGCCCUCCAAAUGCGCAUCCGCAUGCUCCUGGACCAUCGGGACCACCGCCCCCUUCUUUUCACCAUAUACCGCCAACGGGGGUCUCAUCAACCGUUGCACCUGCCGUUGGACCUAUGGGGGCAUCGGGACCUCCAAACUAUCACCAUCAUCAUCAUCACCACCACCAGGCAGCGGCAAUGCUAACGCUAGCGGUCAGUAAUCCACCAACGACGCUGCCACACCAUCACCAUCAACAGAAUAUCAACUUAAACGUGAACCAUCACGUGAUCUCCGCACCAAUCGUGGUGGACUUUUCCAACAUGACCGUCAACUGUGUUCAGUUAGGGCAAGAAAACCAACAGCAUCAUCCGGUCAAUCACAGUACCGUUCCGAUAGGUCCGACGGGACCAUCCCUGCCCCCUGGCAUUGGCGGAAGGCUGAAGUAAACUGGAACAAAACAUUUCUGCGGACCGGUUGGUGUGUUAGUUGAACAAGUAGAAGCGAAUUAAUCUCUUGAAGUUUAGACUAUACUUUUAGUUUGAUUUUAUUCCAACUGUAGGUGAACUGUGUGACGAUGAAGAAUAUCGCCAGCGAAUUUUUUUAACUAUACUGUUUCGUGGGAUCCUUGGAUCCUCUGGGACUUAAAGUACGAUACUGGUCUAAUAAAACAAGCCGUCAUUCGAAUACCGACAGGUAAUGUCAAAAGGAUAGUAGCGCUAACUUCGCAAUUGUCUUGUUCACAAACCACAAAGUCUGUCGCGAUGGUAGCAUGUUCUACUGCGUUUACUUUGCUUUCUUAGCGUAGAUAUUCGAUCCAGUUAAAAUGGUUAAAAUCUAAUAUGAUAUCAUGCUUUACAAUUUUUCUUGAAAAUUCCACUCAUAUCUUCAACUUUCCCGAAGACCUUGCACCAAUUCGAUAAAUAAUUUUAAAUGAAGGCUCUAUUUGUCAUUGCUGUUUAUAAUAGGUUUCUCGAACUUUGCUGAACGCCUUUAAAAUUGAAGCGUAAUUUAAAAUGGUCAACUUGCAAUAUAAAAUGCCAAUUGUAGAUUUUUUGAAUCUUUUUUCCGUUUUUUAAAAACAGCAUCAAAACUUUUUUCUCAAAAAUCGAAGUUGAGUUUCGAUGCUGGUUAUUUUUCGAUUUUCAUCUAAAAUUUUGUAUAAGUAUUGUUCGUGUGGCCAAUACAGCAUAGUUUUCAAAGAGGCUUAAAAACCUUGUGAAACCUAAGAUGCAGCCAAUUUGUAUUUCUUCUUCUCCUGCUGGUGAUGUUUUUUAUCUUCAUCUUAGAUAAACAAAGGUUCCAAUCUCUAUUUAAGUAGAAAAAUUAUUUUAAUUCUUCAUAUUUUAGUGCGAAUAGAUACAAUGCUUCUUUAAAUAAGUUUUAAUUUUCGAAAUUUCAUAUACCUACUCAACGGUGUGACUCACCUCUAAAUAUAUUUUUGAAAAUUCACAUAGCAGAACACAUUCACAGAAUAGAAGGCUCGUUUUGCGUUACGUAUCGCGGAUUGAUUUUUGCACUUUCGUAGCUUAUAAACUGAAAAUUUGAUAACCAUUUUCCAAAUCGUUUUCUACUGUAGCAUUGCCGCAUUCUUUGUCAUCAACUAAUGUGUAUUAAAAUUUCCGAAUUAUUGGAUGAGUCUUCUGUUCUAAAGUAUGUGCCUCAUAUAUUAAACCUUCGUUUAUUGAUAAUUUUCGUAAUUGUGUUCACUUAGCAUCAAAGUUCAUCACGAUUAGAUCCCUUUUAAGUUAGCAAUGAAUUGCUUUAUGGCACACACAUUCAUACACCAUAAAUCAAAAUGAAAUGUUUCGAUAGGUAUCGGUUCUAACAACGAUUAUUGAACAUGUGUGAAUUAUUUUUCGUUUGAUCUGUGAUUGUAUUUUUCGCUUACAAUUUAAGUGAAUUGAUAAUUUUAAGUCAUUUUCUAUCUUAGUAGCGUAUAUAGUUUAACUGGAACGGCAGUUUCUCUUAUAGAACAGAACGAUCUUUGAAAUCUAUAAAAAAAAACAAGUAUAAACUAAAACCUUCUUUUUCUAGGGCAAGCAGAAUAUCCAGAGAGAUAUUUGUCAGUAUCACUCGUCAUACAUAAUGGAUAGCGUAUUGUAUUAGAAGCAAGCGAGAAGAGCACACAUUUUAAAUUCUUUAUAGAUGUGUAAUUUUAAGUGACUCUAAAUGUAGGUGUUUUGUAGUGAAAGUUUUCUGGAGUAAAAUAAAACGGAACAUGCAACACAAUUGUAUCUUAUGCUGUACCCAUAAAAGAGAAAGCAGAAUAUUUAAUAUUUUUCUAGUUAUUCAAUUAGGAGUGCAUAAUAACUCGAUAAUACCUAGCUCCUUAUUAAUUAACUGUACGGAAAUCUUUUUGAUUUCAAUGUAACGAUCUCAUUUGCAAAAGUUGCUAACUGCUAAACACAUUUUUGUUGUCUACUGAUAGCGAAAUGUUGAGGUAUAAAGACUAAAAUUUUAUCCAAUAACACUCAAGAACACGAAAAAUUUGAACAAAAAUCGAAGUUUGCAAAUAUCCUUACAGUAAAUACAUAAUAACGCUAAGAAAACGAUACAGAAUAUUGCAGAAAGUGUCUUUUAAAGAGUAGAUAUUCAGCGAGAAUCUAAAUAUCCAAAACCCUCUCUUAAAUUAUCAUUCUACAGGAAAAAUAAAUAAGCAUAAUCGGAUUUUUGUGUUCUAUUGUAAAGAAAAAGCAAAACUUACUUUGUAAAUAGCGUUGCGAUCGAAGCAGAAAACAUGAUCACGUGUCUUAAAAUUUAGUAGCGACAUAAAAAAUAACGAAACCCCUGUUUAAAGUAUAAUGUAAAAUUAUCAAUGUGUCAAAACGUAAGACAAGUUCCAAACAUUUUAUUUUUCUUUCGUUCGCAGCAAAGUAAUCAUACCGAACAUUCCGCCGAACCGAACUUCUCAGCAGUCUUACUAGGAUGUCAUAGCAGUACGACUGACGAAUUCAAUACUUUUGACUAAACUGACGAUCUCUGAUUAUUCUUUUUUUACUGCGUUGCGUUGUACAGUUUUCAAUAAAAAAAUACUUUGAACUAGAAAAAGCAUGUGGAACACAAACUUCCACUGUUACCUAAUAAUUUAUUUGUUUGAAAGUGAAGUGCUAUAACAAUUUGUAAUGUUACGUGUUCUAUUGAAAAUUAAUUUAGCCAAACUAAUGACAGACUGAUUGUUUGUUGUGUUGGUAGAUAGUGGUAAAUAUUUUGUUUGACAGAUGAUAAUCCACUCAUUAAUGUCAUUGGUUUUUGGUUUGUGUUGAUUUUCUGUUUAAAUUAAUUGGGUACGAUUCAUCUCCAGCUAUCGUUUUCUGAGUCAAUAUGCCUGCUGGGAAACAUUUCGUUUCAUUCUUAGAAGGCAUAUCAUUUUCAAAGAAUUUCUCCUGUUCAUGCUACGCAAGAAAGGUACUAAACUAAAGCUCAUUUUCAUUGACACACGCACAUCUACAAGCAUUUAGUUGUCACUGUUCAGCUAAGCACUGGAACACUAUAAAGUCUACAUAAGAGAAAAACUGAAAUAUACCUCUAUUUAGUAAAAUGUCGAAAAAUAGUAACUCUAUUAUUUACAUUAAGGCGGUAAGAUAUAAGACUUCCAACUCUCAACAUCUUUACAUAGAACGAUGGAGGGUGGGUUAUUUUUGGCAAGCCCACUGCUUCCACUAGUGCACGAAGCUUAUAAAUUGUACGCUCGAGUUGCCGUAACGAAUCAUCCAUUGCAAUAAACCGUCAUAAACCAGUUAUUAACACAGCACUAUUAUGAAACUCAGAGCGAAUAUUUAUUAGUAACACAAAAACAUCAGGACUAACUUUUGAAAGCGCUGUUGCUAACCAUUAUAAAAAAACACUUUUACACAUAUACAUAAUCGAUUCGAUCUGUGACUGUACGUUUAAUUGCUUUUUAAUCCCUACAUUAGCAUUAGUUUUUGAAAAUAAUUCACACUGUCUCGUUGUGUUACCAGAUUUAGGUUGCGCACCUGGAAUGCUUAUCGAGAUUUUCGUUUUGAUUAAUCCAAGUAAAAAAAUCAAUUUACACCUUCACACAAAUAUUAUUUUACACGAUUUAGAGAAUGAAUCAGAACAUAAUUAGAUUAAAUAAUAUUUAAGAAAAUACAUAUUUAAAAGUUCAAUAUAUACACAGAAAAAUAAAAUAUAUAUACACACAUUA